UGGUGCCAAGUAUAGCGACUGCUGUUUUCGGUCGCCGAGUAAUUCCCCAAACGCAAAUUCCCAAAUCAUAUAAAAAUUGACUCACUGACUCUGUUUUUCUUUCUUAACCCUAAUCAAUGGGUAGAGUCCCUCAGUCCCAUUAUCGUUGUCUUGCGUCGCCGUGCUCCAAUCACGGCUAAGGUCACUGGCGGUGACCCUAUCAACCUCUCCAACCUAAAGACGGAAGAAGAAGUAGUUGCCACUUGAUAUGGCUCCAAAGAGGAAGCGCCAGAUGGCAGUCAGAGAUCAGAAUAAAGGAAAAGCUUUUAAGAGUCAUCCAACUAUUCAACUUGCUAGGCAUCUAGCAGAGAUGACUUCUCAAAUUCCUCCAUGUGUUUCAUCACAUGCAAUAUCUCAUCCUACUGAUCCUCCUGCUAGGACAUCUGAUGUGAUUCCUCCACCUUCGAUACAAGGGGUACAAUCACCAUGUACUUCACAACCAAAAAAUCCAGAUGCAGGAUGUACCCUUGACAUGGCCUCAGAGAAGAGAACUGCUCUUCGCACAAAGUUUGUUAGGCAGAAGGUGGCAGAGAAAGAUACGAAUAAAGGAAAAGCUUCUAAGAGUCAUCCAACGAAACAACAUACUGCAUAUCAUGCACAGACGACUUCUCAAAAUCCACCAUGUGCUUCACAACCAACAAAUUCAAUGGAAGGGGCACACUCACCUGCUAGGACAUCUGAUGUAUCACCUCCACCUUCAAUGAAAGGGGUACGCUCACCAUGUACAUCACAACCAACAAAUUCAGAUGCAGGACGUGCUGAUAGAUCUUUUGCUUCAUUAGAGACACAGAGAAAUGAGGCCAAGCCAAUUUUAUAUCUUGAUGGGCAAGGAUUCUUACCUUCUCGCUCUGCUGCUAAUGGGAUUGGGGAUAUCCUCAAGAAGAAUUUUACUGAUCCUUGGCCAUCAUGGAAGAAGAUACCAAUUAGCACUAGAAACUCGUUGUUUGAAGAGUUUUUGGAAAAGUUCUCUGUUUCUCCACCGGAUUACAAUUGGGCAAAAAAGAAUUUUGAAAUGCGAGGUUCAGUAUUGCUGAAAAAUAAUCUAAAUAAGGCUCGAACCACAAUGGAUAAACCUCAUUGGAUUACAGAUGGUGUUUGGGAGAGAUUGUGCAAUCAUUGGAGAUCUGAAGGAUUCAAAAAGAAGAGCACCCAAGCAAAAACAAAUCGAGCAUCUAAUUGUGGAGCAUCUCACACUGGUGGCUCUAUUAGUGCUUCACAGCAUAGAGCUAAUAUGAUGAAAGAGACUGGAACCAUUCCUACUCCAUUGGAGUUGUUCCGUCGCAUGCACCAACGUAAGGACAACACAUGGGUGGAUAGGAGAUCACAACAUGUAAACGAGGUAUUUACACGCACAUUGAAACAAUUGACCAAAAGAGCAUCGGCACAAGGUAAACCUCCACCAAGUGAGUUAGAUGUGUGGUGUGAUGUAGCUAGAUCAAAGAAAGGAAAAGUUUAUGGGUUUGGAAUGGAAUCUACAGUAAUGGCAACAAGUCCUUGCUAUCGUUGCUCAUCUUCUUCAUCAAUGGAGUGGGUAAAAAAACAAGAGUUUGAUGAAUUAGCAAAAGAGAUGGAAGAAGUUAAAAAUGAAAGAGAUAAGCUUCAAGCCAGAGUUGCAAACACUGAGAGGCUUGUUGAGCAUAACAAUGCAUUAAUACGAGAAUUGAUUGAAAGCAUGAAAUUUACUGUAAAUGAUAGUCAAGAUGAAGGCGAAGAGUCUGACCGUGAAUAUGAAGACGAGGAGUCACCAAGUGAACCAUAGUGACUAGGGGUGAAAAUGAGUCGAACAGUUCAGUUCGGCUUGUUUACUAUAAAGGUCAAGUUCAAACUUUUUUAAAAGCCUUUUAAAAUAAAAAGGUCAAGUCCAAACUAUAAAAAAAGCUUGUUAAGCUUGACAAGCUGGUCUGUUUAACUAACAAUAAUAAUAAUAAUAAUAAUAAUAAUAAUAAUAAUAAUAAUAUUUUAUCAAA